GAUCAUGUGUUCUAUACCUAGAAUGUAGGUGUAGGAACAUAAUUUUCUAUUUCUUUAACCUUUAAAAUCACUCAAAACGUUUUAUUGAUCUAAACAUCCAACAUGUGUUUGGGAGGUAUUCUGUUUGAAUGUCAGUCAGGUUAAUAUUUACCCUGACUGUUAUUUGUGAUUUUCCUUAUUGUCUUCAGGUGUAUGUGGGGGAUGUUGUCUCCAUGACUACUGAUUUUGACAGGCUUCAUUAUUUAUGGGCCUACGUUAUGUGGCAAUAAUGUCGCUCCCACCUCAGACGUUCGCACGGCCGUCGUGUCGUGGUAUUAUUGAUGGUGUAGGCAUCGGAAAGGUGCCGUCUUGUGAGAUGCUUUUAACACUGUGAUGCACGAACGAAUGAGAGAGAAGAAAACCGAGGAGAGAGAGUAGUGUGAGACGAUAAAUUUAGAGGGAGAAACAGAUAAAGUUUUCGGCUGUGAAGGUUCCCAGGCAGUGUCCGAUCGCCCUUCUGGUAAAGCUGAGAGAUACAACAAUCAAGAUGGCGCUGUGAAGGAGCAGACAAAGGAGCUGCGUAUUAAAAUAAAUAUUUCUAGCAUUUUGAUUGUCAUUGUGACACUGCUUUAAAAAUAAAGUCAUCACCUCAGUGAGUGUACAUUGAAGACAUGCUAGAACUUGAAGUAGUGCCAGAAAGGUCUCUAGGAUGCGAACAGUGGGAGUUUAUUUUAGGAAUGCACUUUUCACAGGCAGUAGCCAUAAUUCAGUCACAAGUGGGAAUAAUAAAGGGUGUUCAAGUCUUAUACAGUGACAUGAAUCCAUUAACAGUUGAUCUUGUAAUAAGUUUGCCACAGGAUGGUAUUCGAUUGAUAUUUGAUCCAGUAGUACAAAGAUUAAAGUAUAUUUACCUUUUCUUUCAGAUUAUAGAAAUAUAUAACAUGAAGCUUGUAAAGUUAAAAUAUUGUGGACUGACUUUCAAUUCACCAGAAGUUUUACCAAGUAUUGAGCAAAUUGAGCAUUCAUUUGGUGCAACACACCCAGGUGUUUAUGACACUGAGAAACAGCUGUUUGUGUUGAACUUCCGUGGUCUCUCCUUUUGCUUCCCUGUUGAAUCAAAGUUUCAGCCAGGAUAUGCUCAUGGUCUGGGGUCUCUUCAAUUCCCAAAUGGGUCAUCACCUGUGGUGUCACGCACAUCUGUGUAUACCGGCAACAACCUUGCAGAAAGUCGUUCACCAGCACUGCCAUUGUGUUGUUAUCAUAAUCACUUGUACAUGGAACGAGCUGAGGUAUUGAGGGAACACCUUCACACCACAGGAAUACGCCUGCAUUUGUUUACAGAGGGUUCAUCUCGUAUCUUGGAGCCACGCAAGCAGUGUCUAAGUCGAGAGGUUCUAUUUGGGGAUACAUGCCAGGAUGUGGCUACAGCACUUGGGGCACCUUCGCGUAUAUUUUAUAAAGCUGAGGAUAAGAUGAAGAUACACAGUCCCAAUGCACAUCGUCGCGUUGCUGCACGAAGAUCUGACUUUUUCUACAACUACUUCACUCUUGGCAUGGAUAUUCUGUUUGAUGCUAAGACGCAGAAAGUGAAGAAGUUUGUCCUUCAUACCAAUUAUCCUGGGCACUACAAUUUCAAUAUGUACCACCGUUGUGAAUUCCAUCUGGCUCUUCCCCCAGAUUCCAGACAGCAGCAAUCUUCGGAUGCUGGACAGCUUAUUGAUGUCUCACCUCCUGGAUCUAUUAUGAUCUCAGCGUACACCAAAUGGGAUGCCAUUUCGGAGCAACUGAAGCCAAGUGAAAGACCAGUGGUACUGAACCGAGCUAGUUCAACCAACACCACGAAUCCUUUUGGUUCAACAUUCUGCUAUGGUUACCAGGAUAUAAUAUUUGAGGUGAUGCCCAAUAACUACAUAGCAUCUGUGACAUUGUAUGCUGGCGAACGUUCUGGUCCAGAUGUAUGACGAUGGCUUUCUGCCACCUACCUCGUGCUGCAAGGAAGGUAUUGGCAAUUCUGACGACUUAACAGACCAGUAGAAAAAUGAACAUCAUUUCAACAUUUAAAGUCUGCAGUGUACCAUUUUAGAUCACAGUCUACAGCAAGGUUGUCUGUAAAAUUGUGCUGCUGUGCUUGGACAUCAGUAUGUUAGUUAUCAACACUCGUUUCCGAGACGUUGAAGGACUAGUUUAAGUUAACAGUAUUGGGCAGACUGUAACAAGGACUGCUGGAAUUCUUCAUUGGAACAUUUCUAUUUUUCUGGUGGCAAACCACUCUAGGUGGCAUCUUUUAUAGACAACCUCAUCUAGAGUAAGAAUUAUAAGGCUUUCAAUUUCAAUAUAACCAACCCCUGUAUUGCAGAGAAAGUUGUUGGAAUUUUUCUCCUAAAUAUGAAAGUAUAAAAAAAAUUAAAGAAAUAAAAAGCCCUAAAAAGACUGAAUGAAGCCUGCUCGGUGUUGCUGCCAUCAAGCCGUGUGGAAGAUGGGUCUACUUGUGCCCUGUUCAGAAGAUUAUUGAAUAAACUUUCGUUAAUGACAGAAAAGUGAGGAAGAGCAGUUUAGAAUUAUCUUGCACAUAUGAACCAUUGUACAUAGCGAACAUGUACACCUCUCUGUGCUUGUUGCAUAACCACUAUCUUGGAUGUUGAUCCUUUAGAAAUGUUAACCCUUAUACAAGUUGAAAACUAUCCAACGUUAUUGUGAGCUUCAGACCAGCUGUAUUCACACAGGCAAUGCUGGAUGUCGCCAUUUUAUACAACUCAAAGUGUAAAGUGUAACAACUGGUUGCUCAUUAUUUGCAAUAGGUACAUUUUCUGAGUAAGCACAUGGCUUAGUUAUUAUUUAUUAUUCUAAUGAUAUCAUAAAAAGUGUUUUGUUUGUGGCAUAAACAUUACUCCGUGCUGUGAAUUUUAACAAUAUUUAGGCUGCUGCAUGAACUAUCCAAAUUUAAGGAAGUUAAUAAACUCUUUCGUAUCAUGUCCCAUUUAUUUAUUAGUUUAGAAGUGUAAAAGUUCUUAACAACAGUUGUAUUGAUUAUUAAUUGUCAUUAUCAUCAUAUAUUAUGCCUUAAUAUGAAUGUGUGUGGAUGUAACGUAGCUAAAAAAUAAUCAUUUCAGGGACUUAUUUCUUGUUAUUGUGUGUGAACUUUAAUAUGUGGUGGUUAUUUGUUUCCAAAAUAUAUUUUAUGUAAUAGAUGCUCGGUUAACCUUCUAACUGCCAAUUGUGGUCUUGUAGACAGUGCAAGAGGAACUGUUUCAUAAAAUCUGAGUAACAGAAGAGAGAUCUCUGAGUCCAAGGUGCAGAGCAGAGAAUGUUGAAAAUCAAAUGUGUGUGAUUAUGCUAUCUUUGAAUAUGUACAUAUAUAGUGCAAACCUAACCUUGAAGCAUCAACGAGAUUGAAACAUAUAAGGACUAGUAGCACUUCAUUAGCAGAUAAAGGGUUAAAUAAAGCACUGGGAAUAACCUAA